AUGGUAACAACUAAAAAUAUAAUACCAUUAAUUUCAAUAAUUUUUGCUUGGUGCUUUAUAAUUGUUCAUUGUAAUUCUAAUUCUAAAAUACUUAACGAAAAGGGUGAAUAUGGAACACAAAAUACGACUAAUGGAGUAGUAACAAUUGUUGUAUUAAGUUUUAAUUAUAAUUUUUCGACCUUCCCAAGACAAAUUCUACAUAUUAGUAUAAAUAGCAGAGAUUGUAUUCAUUCCAUUCAAAAUGAAUCAGUGGUAACAUAUAAUCUAAUAUUUAAUAUUUAUAUUAACUUUUUUUCAUUUCCGAAAGGAAUACCUUUUAUUUCUGGUACUGAAAGGCUUGAUGGAAAGAUAAUAGUGACCGGUAACUUUUCAAAUGUGAAUCCAAAGAACUAUACUCUUAGAGGUUGUAAAGAUUUCCAAGCAAAGGAGGUGGAAAGCAUCAAUGAGACAACCAUCAUUAUUCGCACCAAACGUUGGCCUGAUCAUCGAUUUAAUUGCGGUCUCACUAUAGAUAAUUCCUUCUACUAUGUCACACAACAUAACAAAAUCGAUGAAAAAUCAAAUCUAUUAAGUGUUAUUCUCGUUGUUUGUGUGAUUGGAGUCAUUACUAUUACUGCACUAGUAGUCACCAUUGUAGUGGUUGUUAAAUGUAAAAGAAGUAGAAACAACAAAUCACAUACAAGACAAACUUCAAAGACUCAACAUUAUAAUUAUACAACUCUAGAUGAAUGA